AUGGACCCGCUGCAGUUCGCCUACAGGCCGGGCAUCGGAGUCGAGGACGCCAUCAUCUCCCUCUUCCAUCGCUCCCUGUCCCACCUGGAGAAACCCGACUCUACUGUGAGGAUCCUCUUCUUUGAUUUCUCCAGUGCCUUCAACACCAUCCAGCUGCGGCUUCUCAGGGACAAGCUGGAGACAGCCGGUGUGGACUACGACCUGUCCGAGUGGAUACUGGACUACCUCACAGACAGACCCCAGUUUGUGAGAACCAGGGACUUUGUGUCUGAGGUCCUGACCUGCAGUGUGGGGGUCCCCCAGGGAACUGUCCUCGCACUGUUCCUCUUCACCCUCUACACUGUGGACUUCAGACACAACACGGACGGUUGUGUCCUCCAGAAGUUCUCCGACGACUCUGCCAUCAUCGGACUCAGCUCCGAGGACGAUGACACAGAGUACAGAGGAGUUAUACAGGACUUUGUGGACUGGUGUCAGCGGAACCACCUCCUCAUCAACGCGGGGAAGACGAAGGAGAUGGUGGUGGAUUUCCGCAGACCUGGAGUGAGGAAGCCCCGAGCCACAAGGUACUCAGGGAUCGGCCCGACCUCCCUGGAAGUCAGGUGGGUGCUCUUCCGCCCCGUGGAAGGGCCAGACGAUGGGGCGAAGAGCGGAGGCGAGUUGGGAGCAGACAUGGCAGGUGUCUGCUACAGAGCCAGCGAAGGGGAGAUCCCCGCGACUCACCAGCACAGACAGCUCACGUAUGUACACGCUCAUAAAUGCACUCUCAGCUGCCGAAACGUAAUCCCGUAG